CCACCGCGUCCGGCCAGUCCUAAAACCGUGCCGGGCGGACGCCGGCUCCCAGUCUUCACUUCCGCCUCGUCGGAGCGGAGUGCCGGAGCGAGGAAGAUGCUGGGCCUGCAGAAGAACGCCGUCAUCGGCCUCAACCUCUACUGCGGGGGCGCCGGCAGCGGCGCGGGGGCCUCCCCGCCCGGAGGGCGCCUGCGGCCCGACAAGGCGGCGGCGGUCGGCGAGGGCCCGGCGGCGGCGGCGGCGGCGGCGGCCCGGCGCGCGGGCGGGGGAGGGGAGGCCGCGGCGCCGCUGAUUGGCGGAGGCGCCGGCGCGAGCCCCUCGGCGGCGGCCGGCCUGGGGGUCGCGCGCCCGGCCCCCAUUGGCGCCGAGGGCCCUGACGUCAUCGGGACCCUCGCGCCCGCCCGGCGCGCGCCGCCUGAGGGGACGGAGCCGCCGCCGCCGUCGGCCGCCGCCGCCGCCGCCGCCCUCCUCCGCCCCGAGGACGAACUGGACGGCUACGAGCCCGAGGCCCCGGCCAAACGUCCGGCCCACCUGGCCGUGCUGGACCUGCCCGGCCAGGCCGGCGGCUCCCUGCCCUCCACGCCGCCGCCCGACGACCGCGACGACAUGGCGGACGGGCUGUACCGCCAGUCCCUGGAGCUCAUCACCCACUACCUCCGCGAGCAGGCGGCCGGACGGAAGGACGAGCCCCGGGGCCGGGACCGCCGGGCGCUGGAGACCCUGAGGAGGGUGGGCGACGGCAUCCAGCGCAACCACGAGACCGCCUUCCAGGGCAUGCUCCGCAAGCUGGACAUCCAGAAGGAGGAGGACCUGAAGGCCGUGUCCCGCGUCGGCACCCACGUUUUCAACGACGGGACGACGAACUGGGGCCGCAUCGUGACGCUCAUCUCUUUCGGCGCCUUCGUGGCCAAGCACUUGAAGAGCAUCAACCAGGAGGGCUGCAUCGACCCCCUGGCCGAGAGCAUCACGGAGGUCCUGGUGACCACCAAGAGGGACUGGCUGGUCAAACAGAAAGGCUGGGAAGGAUUUGUGGAAUUCUUCCACGUGGAGGACAUGGAAGGCAGCGUCCGGAACGUGCUCCUGCUCUUCGCCGGGGUGGCCAGCCUGGGAGCCGGCUUGGCCUAUCUAAUAAGAUGAUGGGGGGACCCCCCCCCCCUUCCCCCUCGGACGCUCAGAGACUGACUUCACAUCGGAGCAGACCAGCCCCAGGCGCCGGCCACCCGUCGGAACUGUCGCUUCUGCCGCCGGGAAGCUUUAUUUAUGAAGCCCAGCGUCCAGCCGCCCAGAAUUGGCACCGACAGGCACCGAGCGGCGGCCCAGCCAGGCAAGAGGGUUUGGGCUGGUUUGGGGACGGAUAUUAACAGAGCCCGGUCGCCGCUCCCCCGAAGAGCCGUCCUCUCAAAGAAGUGGAAGAGAACCGGUUCGGGAGGUUGACGUACAGCUGAGGUUGACGUACAGCUUGGAAGCCAAGCUCUCGUGUUCGUUUUUUUGUUUUUUUUUCCCCUUGGAGUUUCCUCCCCCCUCCCCCCUUUUUGCUUUUGACUUUACAACCCGAAAAUGGGGGCCACUCGGAGGAGAGCUCCGUUGGGGGUUUGGUCUUGUGUUCCACGUUAGGGUGUUUUGGUUUUGGUGGGGUUUUUUUUUUUCCUCUUGGUCGGGAGCCAGGCCCCAAGGAGGGUUAGGAAAGGCUCAGCGUCCCCAGGGAAGUUUCCUGAAAUGAAAACCGAAGCACUAGCACUCUCCCACCCACCCACAGAAAGGUUUACACAGCUCUCCUCCCCUCCCUUAAAGGAAGUGGUCUUAAACUGAUGAGGCCAGCCAGGUUAAAGAAGGCGAAAGGAGGGUCCUCCUCUUCAGUUCCAGGGCAGUGAGAAAGGUCAGCGUGGCAGUCUCCUCUUUCUCCUCCGCCCCCUCCCCCCAGCCCACCCAUCCCCCUUAAUCCCUGGGAGGCACAAUUACUCAGUUUCCCUCCAGCUGGUGGCCUGCCUCUUCUGGCCCCAGGCCCAAGUGAUUAGACCCCCCCCCCUCCCCCCGAACCGUCCGUCCCCCACCCCGUGUCCAUCAACAAGUGCAUCAGGAGCUCUUGGAAGCAGACUGUAAACUGUACAUGUGUUCAUACCUGUAAAAACUGUAUAUAUAUUUUUACAGAACUUUAUUUCCCUGAAGUGGUAUAAAGGAGGAUUUUACAAACAACGUGGCAGCGUUGGGGGGUGGAAAGGAAGCUGGUGUUGUGAGGUUCGGAGGAGUGAAGCGCUUGAGUCUGGCAUGGCGUCCCGGUGAGGUUCACUAAAAUGCCCGCCGGUGGCCAGAUCCACGCUGAGCCAAAGCAGGAGUCAUUGCUGAUUUUUGGGGGGGCGGGGUGUGGUCGUGAGGUCUCGGACUUUGGCGGGGCUCGGAAACCACCGACUCACAGUUGGGCUUUGACCGGAUUUUAAUGCUCCAUUGCAGACCAUAUCCCCGACCCCCGGCCCCUAUUUCGACCUCCCCCCAUCCCCUUGGCCCCGGAAAUCGGAACGUUCAAUGGGGCUCGGGCCCCAGUUUAGACCCUCCGACCCUGCAGCCUUUGGUUUCCUCCGUGCGACCGGGAUCGGAUUUGAGUUGCCGGGUCUGGCUUCUGGACUGAUCACCCCCUCCAAUCCCCCCUCACCCCGGCUUCAACUGAAAUCGGUGGCUUCCUUGGAAAUGUCAGUAGAAGAAAGUGCAAAAGUGGAGCGUAAACAUGGUGCUAUUUAUCAGGCUUUGCUCGCCCCGGCCGAGGCCUUGUCUGGCAAUAAACUCAUGUUUUGUUAAGAGUUGUUUUAAAAUUUACUCUUCCAGUGGGUCCCAGGAGUCCCUCUGUCCAAAGCCCCGGUCAGUCUCUACCUUCUGACCAGGUUUGCAUCCCCCCCCCCCUCCAAUUCUGCCCCCCGCUUUUAUUUGUCCCAGCCUCCCCCGACCCGGGACUCUUUUGGAAUGACCAGUAUUGGGGAGGGAAGCAGCUGAAAGGGCCUGCUCUUUCUGUCGUCCUCCCCCAAGCGCUUACUACAGUGUCCCGCUCC